CUAAGCAGGUUUUUUGUACGUCGUGCUGGCACGACUGACGCGCGACCGUUUUAGACCAACCAACCGUUCCGAUCGUUUCCGACAAUUUUCGUUGUGCGUUCCAUUGACUCGAACUGCUUUCGAAAUUUGUAUUUUUAUCGUUUGAUCGACCAGUGAGCGGCGAUACGCGAUCGGCGAGUAUUGCACGACGACCUACGCAGAAGCAUAAGGUUUGACAUGUAGCGAAUGACGAGAUCUGGACGAGCGGCAAGCGGAUACUUUGUUUUGCACCUCUUAUGCACGUCGACCUCCAGAAUUUGUCGAGAUGAGUGCGGUACAGGAUGAGGACGAGCGCAGAAGACGCUCGCUGGAGGCUGGCAGAGAACUGCUGGAGAAGUACAAGGCAAGGCGGUCCACCAAGGGCAAGGGCACAUGUAUGGACCAAAGUGUGGAACAGUCGGACGACGAAUCGUUGCACAAUGAAAAGGCCAUGUCACAUAAGGAAUCUGUGGCCAAUGAAGGUAUAUCUUCACGAGACAUAACGCACAGCAGCGUCAGCAUAAGCGAGGGAGAAGCUGAUGCUGACUUGGAUGGACUGGCUGGACGAGUUGCGGAAUUGGAGGAGUUGUUGCAAGGCAAGGAAGCCAUAGUCGGAGCUUUAAAUGCAGAAAUCGAUCAUUUGCGAGCCGAAGCGUCCUCGCCAAAUUCAUCGCAGAGCCAUAAUAGCAGUACACAUGGAAGGGAGGUUAUAUCAUUGUAUCAUAUAAAAUUGCAGGAAUUUGAGAGAGCAGUAAAUCAACGCGACAAUCUAAUAGAACAUUUAACAGCCUCUUUGGAGCAAGCGCUAUCCGCACGUGACACUGUCACGGCGCAACUCAAUGCCUUGAACUUGGUGCAGUUAAACAAUCCUGUGAUAAAUAACGUGAACUUGCAGCAAAAGAUCGACGUUUUAGAGACGACGAUGAGCGAUCAAAAAGCAUUGAUUUGUCGGUUGAACGCGCAGUUGACAGAUAUUCGUAAACACGUACAAACGUUGGAGAUGGAAAGGGAAACGCGGAACGCGGAAAUCAACGAUUACAAGAUGCAAAUUGAUAAUUUGAAUGAGCAGAUACGCUUCGGUGCUGCAGAGAAGAACUUGAACAUCGACGAAACUUUAGAGCAGCAGAAGCAGUAUGAAGCACGCGUUGACAAAAUCAAACAAGAUAUGCAACACAUUUUAAACAAGUUCACCACUGUGACAAACGCUAAUGCAAUGCGUCAUCAGCACGAAUUAAAGGAUCUAACUUUCAAAAACGAGGCAGAGAUAGCAAACAUCAAAACAAAACACGAAGAAUGCACGAAGGUGCUGAAGGACGAAAACAAAACGUUAGCCGAUCGGUUGAAUAAAGAAUUGCCGGACUUGGAGAGCAGGCACGCCAAAGAACUGUCCGUCUUUCAGACGCAGUUAGCCUACUACAAGGAAACCGUCGAGACGUUGAAAGUGGAGCUAACGAGUCACGCCGACGCGCAAAGGAUCGCUCAAUCGGAAGUGCAGCUGUACAAAUCGAAGUUCGACGAGGUAAGAUUGGAGGCGGAGAACGAGCGGCGCAUGCAAAGUCUGCACUUCCAACGAGAGAAAGAACUGCUGAACGAGCAAAUCAAACUGCACAAGAUUCAGCUGGAGGAGAUCACGUCGAAGCACAUCGCGACUAUGAGCAUUCUCGAAUCGAAGGAGAGCAUCGAGCGUUCGCUGGAUCAGGCCCUAACGAACGCCGCUUCCCUGCGGCAGCAGAACGACGCGCUGAAAUUCAAGCUGGACGACCUGUCGUCCAGAUAUUCUACAGCACAAUCGAUACUCGAGAACAGCCAGUUGUACGACCAGGCCUCGAGCGGCAGAAUACACGAAUUGGAAAGAUCGUCAUCGCGGUUUGACGCUACGAGCAUGAGCACGAACAGCGAGCUGGCCGAAACCAUGUACAAAACGUUCGACGAGGAGGUCAUUCAGCAUCAGAUGAUGAAGCGGGAACUUGACGAGAAAACAGAGUUAGAAAAGCUGCUGGUUGACAGGAUCCACGCAAUCGAGGAGGAUUUGCUCAAGGCGAGGGACGAGUUGGAAGAGAGCAAUCUCGCGAAGGAGGCCUACGAGAAGCAACUGAAAGACAUGAAGAACACGUGCGACAAGCUGCAGCAGGAAGUCAAUUCGUUGCGCGAGCCAAGUUGCGCGACGCCUCGCGACGCUUCCGCUCGGGAAUACCCGGACGAUGCUUCGGCGAACGACGAGGGUGACUUGGCGCAACGGCUGAAGGAUCACCAGGAAAUCGAAAGCCUGAAAUUACUGGUAGAGGAGAAAGAAACGGAAAACGCGAGCCUCAAGAAAGAUCUGACGGAAAUGACGGAGAAGGCGAGGAGGCUGGAAACGAACUGCAACCAGUUGAAAGACGGCCUGGCCCAGGCAUGGGCUCAGUGCGCCGAGUUCGAAGAAAAAUUAAAUCAGACUCUAGAAAUGAGCGAUAACAGCAAAGUUAAUGCCUCGUAUCUGAACAGCACAUCAUCCAACGUGCAUCCUAAAACCAACCAGAGUUUGGACGGGAAUCCAAAUCCGUCGGAUCAAAAUGUAGCGGGAGUUACAGAGCCGAAUAACGGCGGUGCCAGCACAUUGACAGAUAACAGUUACCUAAAAAGCGAUAAUGAGAAUUUGUACAAAGAGCUGCAACAGCUUCUGUCUGGCGAGUCUAGCUUGGACGAAGUUAAGCUGAAAUUACGUCGUUAUUACUCGCUGUGUGAACAAAUGGCUGUAGAGAAGACGCGAUCUGUGACGGACGACGCCACUGUGGACGAGCAACAGGAUGGCGAGGAACAAAAGUCCUUAAAAAAAUCCUUGGAUGACUUACGGGUGGAGAGAGAGUUACUGAGCCAGGAAAUCGAGAAUGUGAUGAAUCAGCGCAAGGAAGAACUGGAAUCUGUGAAGACUGACUCCGCGAAAGAGAUCAACAGAUUGCGUUUGCUAUUGCAGAACCUCAAGGAUGGCGAUGGAAAUUUAAACGAACUCCGAGCCGAACUCGAGGCGCGUCAUGCCAAGGAAAUGGAGGAGCUGAGAACGUACUUCGAACGGAAGUGUUUGCAGAUGGAAAAGCAAUAUUCCGAGGAAGUCUUCAGUCAGCAAUCAAAACGGAUCUCUGACAACGACAGCGAGACCGAAGAGUUGACCGAUGAUCUAUAUUUCGGUGGUGCUGGUGAUUGCUUGAACGUAUCCAAUUCCCGCGCGGCAACACCUGGCGCCAUCGAGGAAUCGCUGAAGAGCAAAAUCCUGGAUGUCGAGAAUCAGGCGUGCCUCGAGCCGGAAUACGAUAACAAUAUCCAGGCGUUGCGACAGGAAUUGGAACACAAAGUGAACGAGGUUCAAAGCAUUAAUGCCGAUUAUACAAGAGCAGUUGAAGAGAAAGAAUUGUACAAAUGUCAACUUCGCGAUCUUGAGGCGAAGCUGGAACGCAUAGCGACUCUUUCUACUAUUCAUCAGUAUUGUCAGACAGAAUGGGAAGCAUUGGAAAUCGGUGAAUUGUCGAGUCUGCGUGACUCGUAUAAUCAUCAAUUGGAAGAGCAAAUCGCGCUAGCUAGACAGGACAUUGUCAACGCUCUUCAAGAACAAUUUCAGGCACUUUUAUCGGUGGAAGCGGACAAAGAAGACAAUUGGCCUGCCGAAUUGUUAGAAUUGCGAGAUAAAUUUACGUCUAAUGCCAAGCAAGAAAUCCAGGAAUUGAAAAAGAUGCAUAACGCUGAAUUGGCUCGCCUGAAAGAUGAACACGAUUGCAUCGUGGCGCGAAUGCUUGAGCAACAUCAGAAGGAAAUCGCCACUGUUCAAGGGAACACUUCGCAUAUGGAUAAUAAUCAAGAAAUUGAUUAUAUUGGAGCAUUAGAAAGUAACAUUACGGAGGAAAGGGAUAAUCUGCGGAGGACAUGCGUGACUUUGAAGAAUCUGAUUGGCGAGUUAGUGAAUUACUUUGCUGUCUGUGAGGAAGAAGUUAACAACACUUUGAUCAACGAGGUUCUAAAAAGGCAGUCAAUAGAGUCCAUCUUAAGCAAUGAAGAAAAUCUAAAGAAGGACGAUAACGCCAUUUUAUCCGAGACGCGACACAAGGACGCGUCCAAUCAGUCAGUUAAGAGAGUGCACUUUGCUCCGCAGUUCAGCAAGAUAAUCUCUAUCGUUAACAGCGACAACAAGACGCUGCAGAGUUUGGUUGAUGAAGAUGUAGACGAGAUACUGAAGAAGGAACUGAAGGCUUGCCUGAAGCGUCUGAAAUCGGAAAGCAAUCAAAUUCUCAAUCUCUCGCUAUUGGCUGGCGAAGACAAAAAUGCAUCACCGUCAAAGGAGAUUCUUUUAGCAAAUAAGAUCAAUGAAGAGCUUUCCGUGAAACUGAAUCAUGCCGAAACUUUGAUAAUGGGUUAUCAAGAGGAAGUGGAACAGUUGAAGUUGCACAUCAUAGAGCUCCAAUGGAAAUUAAUUAACGCGGAGAACAAAAAGGAAGUUAUUACGGAAGGAUAUGGCGAGAGUGAUCUUUCUAGGGGCGACAAUGCGCUGCAAGAUCUUUUGCAGGUGCAAGAAAAAGCCAGGCACGUGUUAUCAAAUGGAGGUGGUGAUACGUCUUAUUUACUGCAAUUAAUAGAGGAGCUGUGCAGGCAGAACGAUAAACUAAUGGACGACGUCAGAAAGGAGAGGGAGGACUUGCAACAACAGGUGCCUUUAGAACCUACUCCUACCCCAUACAUUCACAGGGUUUGCUGCAAAAAGAUUGAAGCGGCGGACAAGAAGUUGCGAGCGACAUGCCGAUUUUUGGACGAUCAAGCGAGCGAACGCGAAAUGGAGCGAGAAGAAGCUGCGAAACAAAUUCGCUUCUUGCAGGAGCAGUUGAAGGAACGCGAGCGCGAGAAAGAGAGAGAUAUGCGUAUCAGUUCUGAGCAGUCUGAGCUAUCAUCUGAAACAACAGACAUCCCUGAGCUUCAGUCGACUGACAUCAAUGCAGCUGUGGAGGCUCUCGAGUCUCAGAUGCGAGAGAUGUCGUCGUUGAUGUCCGACACGGAGGCGAAGAAGUCGGAGAAGGAGAGCGAGCUGAAGGCUGCGAUAGACAAGAUACGGCUCUUGCGCGAUAUUAUUACUGAUCUGGAGCAACAACUGCAAGUCAAGGCCGAAAGGGAGGAAUCCCUGCAACUGCAGAUCAGUCAACUCGAGACCGUAGUAAUUGCGCAAACGAAGAACCAGCAGGAAUUGGUUCAGGAGUUGGACGCUAUCAAAUCCGGCAGUGAGAGCAGGCAUCUGAACGAGCAAAUUAAUCAUUUGCAGGAGGAACUUAGCAAACAUAAAUUAAGCUCAGAGCACUUCAACGGCAAUUCGUCCGUGCUGAAGCAGAUGAAGGCGGAACUUCACGAGAUGCAAAAUCAACUGGACAAGAGAAUUCGAGAGCUGGAGUCGGCGCACAUGUGUGGUUCGAAUCUGAGCCUGAGUCAGCCGAGUGAGGACGUCUCGAUCAGGGAACAGAUUGACGCGACAAGGUGCCUGACCCCGGAUGAUCCCUCCGCACCACCGAUGUUGCCGCUGAAUCAAGUGCUCAAGCUGAAGGACAAGAUGCUGAAACACGCGCGCGCGGAGGACGUCGCCUUCAAGAGAAUCAAAGAUCUGGAGAUGCAACUGACCACGAUGAAGAAUCAGAACGAGGAGCUGUUAGCGGAACAGGAGAUCCUUCAACAGACGGCAUCCGAGCAAUUGUAUCAGAUUGAAGCGAUGCGCGGCCGCUUGGAGCAGCACAAACAGAGCGCCCCGUUUGCUCAGAAACAAGCAACGUCUCGGCUGGAAUUGCAAUUGCAUGAGGCUACUGCGAAGUAUCAUUCUCUAGAGCAAACCAUUACCAACAGGGAGAUGGAGCUGAAAGAGCUGAGAGCCCAGCUUGAGCGGGCUACUCAGUUGCUGACGGAAAAGGAAACGGAAAUGGAGAAUCUCGUACAGUCCGAGAACGACACGCUGCAGAAGCUGAAAGAUCAGCUGAAGCUCGUCCAAGAUCAGCUGAAGCUCGUUCAGGAGGAAAAGAAAACGCUACAAAUAAAGCUGGGAACGCAGGAGCAUACCCAGCAAGAGCUGCCACAACUGAUCGAUACUAUAUUGGCCGACAAGAAUGAGGAAAUCGAUCAUCUGAAGGAGCAACUAUCCAAAAAAGAGAAACAGCUGAACGUCUAUUCAUCGCUCGCUUUGGACGACACGCAACUGAAGGAGCUGACGAGACAGGCGGAGGCCAAGAACAGCGCGCGUACCCUGAGCGACAUUCUCUCCAUUCAUUCAGAAUGCGAGGAACUGCCUGAAGCUAUACGAGCGAUCAACGUGACGCACGCGACGUCGCACAUCUCCAGCUUCAAAAUUCCUGCGUCAAGGAACACGUUAAACACAAACAGUUUUAAUCCAAUGGAAGCGUCUUUGCCCGAUACCGAAAAGAUGAGUACGCAUGUGCCGCCGUUAGAUCUGGAUUCCCACACGCACAGUUUCAGUAAUGAUGUCCGCCAUCCGGAGAUAGAGCUGCAGAACACUGAAGGCGAAUCCAAAUUAUCGUCGCCCAAGAACAACGAUAGCGAAGAUUCUCAACAAGCCGAAGAAUUACUCAAUGAGAAACUGAAGGAGAUUGAAAAUCUGUCGAAUCAACUACAAAUUCUGCAACAAGAAUUGGAGAUAAAAUCCGAUCUUUUGAGCAAGUAUGAGGUGGAGUUGGCCUCCUUACAGAAGCAGUAUCAGAACUUGCAGGAUGAAUCCAAGGAAGCCAUGGAGAACUUGGUGCGAGACAAGAAUUUCUACAAGGGUCAGUACGAGCUGGCCCAGGCUUCGGAAAGCAAAAUAAAAAAAGAUUUAGAGGAAGUGGAGAAUAUUCUCAAACUGAAGGUAGACGAGCUUGAGGAUCACAAAGGCAGAAUGCAAGUGAACGAGAGGAUCAUCACCGAGUUAAACACGGAGAACACGAAGCUGAAAAAGGAGAUGGAGAAGGAUCGGACGAAGAGGAACAACUCCCUGCAGGAGAGGACGCAGGAGUUGGAGACGUUUAAGGAACUUAUCCUGGAGAAGGACAUCGCAUUGGAGACCCUGAAGACACGCAACAUCGAGAUCGAGAAUGAAAACAAGCAGUUGUACGACUUCAAGACAAUAGUUCAUGCACGCGAGCGUGAAAUUGCCGAGCUGCAGGAUAAGAUUCUGCGGCUGACGGACGGUCUGAACAGUCGUGACCAGAUAAUCCGUAAGCUAGAGGAAAUGGCAAAGCGGAGCGAGGCACAGUCGGACGUGUCGUCGCCGUCGAGCCACAGUAACAAGGACGAAGAGAUCCAGCAUCUGCAGGAAUUCCUGAAGGAGAAGGACAAGGUUAUCAGGCAGAUGAGCGAUGACAGCAAGAGCCUGCAACGUGCGCUGGAGACGAUUCAAAACAAGAUGAAAGAGUCGGGCAACAUCGUGGAGCUGAGAAAAAAGUUAAAGGAGGAGCGCAGGUGGAACACGGAACUGAAGAAUAUGGUGCAGAUACUGCAAAAGGAAUUGGAACAGACGGAAACCUCCACGCAGCAAGACGACAGCGACAUCGAGGAUAUGGUCCAGCGAGAACUCAAUCUCUCCGCGCGAUUAGAUCAGCAAAUUCUGGAGGUGAUCAAAGAUGAUACCGAACAGGCCGUGGCGGGAGCGUCGGGAGACCAUCAGCGUUCGUUGAACGACGUCCGUCGAGACAACGAGAUGCUGAAGAGGCUGAAGGAUAAUCUGGAAAUCGAGCAAGACAUCAUGAAACACCAGAUCGCCGAGUACGAAGAACGUAUUCUGCAACUGAAGGCUGAUUUGACGGAGGAGACGAAAAAAGUAGUCAAACUUGACAAAGAACUUGUGUCUGAGAAGAAUGUAACGAAAUUCCUGAGACUGCAGAUAGACGAGCAUCGUCGGUCAACAGAAAUGGGGCAAGUCCAGGACACUGAACUAAUCGAAUUCCUACAGACGAAACUGAAGACGACACUGGAGAACGAAGAAAAGCUUCGCAAUGAUCUAUUCUUGAUGGGACAACACCAGAUCGUGUUAGAAUCGCAGUUGACGUCCAUGAAAAAAUUAAUAGAAGCCGAGAAUGCAAGCAGAAACAUGCAAAUGUUUACGGCAACCGCGCGUGAUGGACCGGAUAGUACGAUAUCGGAUGGUAAGACACGGAGGACGAGUGGAAAUCUUGAGGAAAGUCGCGAGAAUAAUGCCGAACUGCGGGAGAACAUAAGGCGAUUGGAGGUUGAAAUGAGCAAAUACGAGAAGCGGCUGGAAAUUGCGACGGAGGAACGAGAGAAUUUGAUCAAGAGUCUAGCGUUAGUCAACAGACAGAAGGAUAUCUCGGAGACGAAUUUGCAAAGAACCAUGGAGGAAUUAAAGGCGCGAGAAGACAGAUGCGACUAUCUGCAGAAACAGCUGAGAAUGUUGACCGAAAUUGAGAGUAAAAAACAGGAGCAACGUGACGCUGAACUGCACGAGAUGAAAGGAUUACGCAAGGAGAUCAACGUCGCCCGAGAAGCAAAGAUAAAUCUGGAGGCCGACAUAAAGCCCACGAAAAAAGAACUGAAGGAUUCGUUAGACCGAGAACUGAAACUCGCACAGACGGUGGAAUCCCUGAAGGAGCGAGAGGCGGAACUCAAUUCACGACUGGCGUACUCGAGAGAAAAAGAGAGAAAACUGAAAGAUUUAAUUGAGGAACUGCAGCCGAAUUCGAAGUCCUUCGCCAUCGAAGUAGAGGAAGACGUGAGGAACAAACUGCCGAGUACCACGGAUGUCCCGGCGAAAAAUUUCGUGCGAAAAAUCAAAGAGCUAAAUGAAGUGAUCGAGAAAUAUGCUGCUGAUAAGAAUAAUCUCCAAGAUAAGCUUUGCAAGAUGAAGGUAGAUCGGACAUUGUUGACGCAACGUGUGAAAUUGCUCGAAGGAGAGAUGAAGAGAUUGAAAGGCACGCAGGCCUCAAACCAGCAGACAGUUCCUGCCGAGAAGCUACAAACAUUCUACGGCAAAUAUCUACGAUCGGAGAGUAGACGGAAAUCAUUGGCGUACCAGAAGAAGUAUUUACUGUGCAUUGUCGGUAGUUACCAAUAUUGUGAGAACAACACGUUGUACAUGCUUGCGCAAUUGACUCAGAGUGAACGAACGCACACACGAUUAUCGCGCGACAAGAAGGUGCGCUUGCGAAUCGUCACUUUGGUGAUAAUCAGUAUUCACAGGAUGAAGUGGUUGAUUCGCCGUUGGCGAACAGGAAAACGCGUGGGCGCCAACGUUAUCAUGGGCGGUAUCGAUCAACUGUUCGAAUUGUCGCCUAUCAAAACGGCGGCAUCGAAUCAUUCUCCACCUGUGAGAGACAGAGCAACGCAUGGAAGUAGUGGGCGAAGCGGUUUGAUCGAACAGUAUUAUCAGCAAGUAAAACAUUUUCAAGAGACAGUCGACUUAGCCAUGUUGGAGUCCGGAACUAGUCAUAUUAUCACAGAAUAACAUUAUAUGUAUAUUUUUAGGAUAUUUUUAUUUUAUUUUUAGUAGUGUGGAAUAUACUUGUACAGAAUUAGCGUUAGGCGAGUAUCGUAUAAUCGCUGAAACAUUAUACAGGCCGUGUUUUUUAAAAUAAUUUAUUAACGACGCAUGAUUAAAUUUAUAGAUCUUCGAACAUCGAUACGGAUUCAUAAAUCGAUAAGUUAUUUUUGCAUCUUUGAGAAAUCUAAAAGUGUUAAUGUUUGAAUAACAGUUUCACUCUUGAAUGAUAAAAUUAUUGAAUUGUCAGUCAUCCCAAAAAUUUGUGACGUCUUAUUCGGAUGUUAUUUGAUUCUUCAUAUGUUCUAUAUAUUUAAUGUCAUUGAAUUUUUGAACAAUUAGAUUAUUUAGCUCUGCUUUAUCUUUUAUCUUUCCUCCAUUUUUAAUAAGCACGUCCUGUAUUUUGUAUUAAAAUUGCAGUCGCCAAUGAUCGAUCUGCAUGGGAUUUCUAUUUCCGUUCGACUGCACGGUUUACAUCACUGAUUGGUCAUUCGCAGUCUUAAAGAAGAAACUGUAAAUUUCGUCAGUUCGAUCGGGAAUAAUUAAAACUGGGCAUUUACAUGAAGUUUAUGAUAGACUACUGGUUUUAUAUAUUGUUUUUAUUUCGUCAAAUUGCAACUCGAUGCGUGCGAGACCUUUGAAAUUCAUAAAAUCAUGAAAUUCUCUUAUCGAUUACAUGGUGUCAUCUACGAAUCGUGAAAAACCAGGUAUCGCCAAUAAAAGGAACGUGUGUAAAAUAAGAUUUAGGGUUGUAAGACAUACAAGAGGCUUUUAUCGAUUAUUAAGAAAUAAAAGCAAUUUCUGCGGUUUAAGUAAGGAGACGUUAAACUAAAUAUUGCUUUUAUUUUUACGAUAGUCUAGUGUACGUUAUAUACAUAUAUAUUGUAGGUAGUAUAAAUAUGUGAAUCUUUUACGCCUGUGCCUUGUACGCCGCGAAGCGCGUCCAUUAUUUAUUUACCAAUAGAUUGUAAUAAGCUUUUUAUAUAUCGCGAAUUGCACAUGUAAUGUGAACAUUUUUCCUGUAAUAAAGAGAAUCUUUUAA